AAAUGCUCCGAAAUCGCUCGUGACGUCAUUAGGCGGGUUCUAUACUUUCUCAUGUGGCGCCAUCCGCCGGAACAUGAUACCAUCACCGUCGGUAAAUGGAAUCCUAACCAAAACCAACCAAAAUACUGGCCCAAGACUGAACUCCAAAAUGUCAAAUGCAAGUAAAAAUGUUGGCAAAGCGACGUACAAAUAUUGUUUUGUACCCAUAUGUGUAAACACAACUGUGAAAACACCAGAUAAAAUUUUUAUAACAGUUCCGGUGCGUGAAGAUGUCCGAAAACUCUGGUGCGAAGCCGCAGGUUACUCUGGCCAAUUACGAGGCAGAUGUGAUAUUUGUGAAGAUCAUUUCAAAUUAGAAGAGGAUUUGGAAAACUAUGUGCAGUGGAAAAUGACGAAUUGUCGGAAAAAAUUGAAAGAAGGCGCCUAUCCUCGAUUCUUUGCAUGCCAAUUGAUCCCUGACUGUCAAUCGACAUCGCGAUCGCAACUAUCUAAAUUAACAGAACGAUCAUCGGAGACUGCCACGUCCUCCCAAUCAAGAUGUACUGAGACCAGUGAGCUUGAGUGUUCACAUUCGGAGCAGAUGAACCACUCUGAUGAUUUUGAAAAUUUGCCAGAGAUGCAACAAAGCUCUGCUUGCAACACCCAUGAAGACACUCGCGUUCCAAGCUCAAGUGGUCGUAUCCUGAAGAUAGAUAGAGGCACACAAACAUCAAUAAUCACUUACAAUAAAUACGUUCAGGCAAAGCCAGCUCGUAACCAUAAAGGUAUAACUUGUCGAUUGCUAGACGCUCCAGAGCUUUCCAUCGAUCAAGUGGAGAAGUCUAAAGAUUCUCCACCAAAUGUCUCGGCGACUCCAAUCAUCGAAGACCCUCUACCAAGUGCCUCAAGAUCUAUCGUCGAAGACCCUCCACCAAGUUCCUCUUCAUCUCCAGACAUCAAUCCCCGUCUACCAAGUGUGCCCAAAACAUUAAUGGAUGGAACCCCUGGCUCCAGUAAAAAGAAUUCCAUCCCCCUACAAUUUCACUCAAGUUCCUCAGACAGUAAAAUAGGGAGCAAUGGUACUGUGAACUCAUCGCUCGAUGCAAUCGGCAGUGAUAUUUUGGAUACCAGUAGUGCACCUUCAACUAGUAAUCGCAGUCUGAAACUCCAGCAUUUGAAGAUGAAUAUAUACGAAAAUUUCACGAAAUUGAUCAUCGAAGAUGAUCCACUUUUGAUGCUUGAUAUACCUGAAAGCUCCAUGUAUGUGAUAGAUGAAUUCAUCUCUUUGACAAACAUUCCUCGGAAAUAUGUAUACAUUACAAUGAAAACAAUACGCCAAAACGUUCCUCAUGCAAUUCUUGCAUACGAUUUUGGAUUAUCUGAAUCUCAGAUUUCUAGAAUUUUCAGAAAUACGGUGGGGAAAAUGGCAAAGAUGUUCGAGGAGUGGAUUGUUUGGCCUUCGAGGGAAGAGAUAUUACUGAAUCUUCCAGUUCAAUUUCGGUUGAAGUAUGGAGAAGUCGAUUCGAUAAUUGAUUGCUUCGAAAUUCGAAUUGAACACUUGAGUCAUGCAGUUCACCAGGCAGUUACUUGGUCAGAAUAUAAAAAGUGCAACACUUCUAAACAUCUUAUAUCCAUAACUUCUGAUGGUUUGAUUAAUUUCAUCUCAUGUGCAUAUGGCGGUCGCGCGAGUGAUGUAGAAAUUGUAAAAAAUUCUGGUUAUUUGUCUGCUCUCCCCCCUGGAUCAUCUGUCCUCGCAGAUAGAGGAUUUAAACAAGUCGAAUCAGUGUUAUGGCAGAAAAAGUGUAAACUUCUACGACCUCCUUCAGUUCAAACGGAUGUGCAGCCAACAGAAGAAGAAGUUUUGAAGACGAAACAAAUGGGGAGCGUUAGAAUUCACGUAGAGAGAGUAAUCAGGCGCUUGAGAGAAUUCAAAAUGUUGCAACCACAUGUCACUGUUGAUCAUAACUUAUUANUGUGCGACAGUUCUACUUAUAAUUGGAAGAAUAAGAGGAUUGAAGGCAAACAGAAGAGAGUAGACUUUGCUGAAGCCACAAAGCAGGAUAAGAGGAAAGAAAUUGAAGAGACAAGAAAGAGAGAUCGAUAUGAGNGUCUUUUGAUGGACACUUUACUUCAAUGA